AUGUACAAUUCUAUAGAAUUAGGAUUUUUUAAAAAGAUUUUAUCUCUUGUUGAAAGUCAAAGAAAAGAAUGCUUUGCUGAUUUACCAAAAAACCUUUAUUCUGCAAUUGAAAACUUAGAUUGUUCUUGUAAUAUUCAUAAAAUAAUUGUCUAUAAUAAUGAUCCUCAAGUUGAUAAUCAAGAAAUAUUGAUCAAAAUUAUUAAUUCAAAUAAAAAUCGAGAUAUAUAG